AUGAGUCAACAGCAACAACAGGACUUGGUGGAGGAAUUUAAAAAGAUUGCCGAUCGUUUGAAAAAAAAGAUGUUUAGGAAAAUACCCUACGAUCAAAUCUCUGAACAAUAUGCAAACUUUUCCCUUCAUCUUCAAAGAACUGGACAAAAACAUUAUACAGCAGUUUCAAUGUUGUGUGCUGCCAAUGCUGAGAAGUUGAACAAGACACCACUCAAUGCAGCCUUCUUUUACGUCUACUCGGGAAGAAUCUUCUCGGAUCAGGCUUGUAGUGAAAACUUAAUUCAAUACUUUACAGCAGAGGAAUUCAUAUCCGAAGCAAUUGAUGCUUUUAGAGAAGCUAUAGAGAUAUACGAUUCCAAUGGAGUUUAUUCAAUGUGUGCUUCAUUAUGUUUUGAAGUGGCUCAUGUUCUUAAAGUUUUAGGAAAAUAUAGUGAGAGUUCACACUUUUAUUCGAAAUGUUACUUUUACACUGUAAAACAGGGAAAACUAGGAGAAGAACACUACGAUUCUUCAGAUGUAGAUUAUUUAUCAAAUUUAUCAUUGAGUAGAGAUACUUCUCAUUCGAUGGAAUUGAAUGCACUUCAAAAUGCUAUUGAUUGUCUAUUGGAAAUUAAGGAUUUUGAAAUGGCUGUUUUGAGAAUUAAGAUUUAUAUUGGUAUUUUGGAGGAGAGAAUUGAUGCCUUUUCAAAUCCAUACACUUCAGAUCAUUCUACAAAAGUUCCAGAGUGGAGGCCAAUAUUUAAAAUCUACAUUAGACAAUGGAUGGAUACACAAAUAACGUUACUUCUAGUUUUAUUAUUACAAAAGAGAAAGGAAGAAGCAACUGAAGUAUUCGAGACACUGACAAAUAACGGAGAUGGAGAUAAUUGGAUUUCGAGUGAAUUUCCAUUUUUCAAUGAAAAUGUAUUACCAAUUUUAGAGGCCCUUAAGGAAAAUUGUCUGUGUGACAAUAUUGAUGGAAUUGAACAAGUCAUUUCACAAGAAUUACAAUUCUGUGUUACUGAGCAACAACAAACUCUGCUCAAUAUUUUGAAACACACCUAUGAAAAUCCACUUUUCAUGGACAUUUUGGAAAAGAAAGGUGAAUAA